UGUUGUUGCAGCUUGGUGGCUGCUGGCGGGGCCGAGCGCUGUUAUUGUUGUCUUAGCGGCCAUGGAGGAGCUGAGCGCGGUGGGCGAGCAGGUCUUUGACGCCGAAUGCAUCCUCAACAAGCGGCUCAGGAAGGGGAAGUUGGAGUUUCUGGUCAAGUGGCGAGGAUGGUCGUCCAAACACAACAGCUGGGAGCCGCAGGAAAACAUCCUGGAUCCCAGACUACUGGCGGCCUUCAACAAGAAAGAACAAGAGAAGGAGCUUCUGAUACGUAAGCGAGGGAAAAGGCCGAGAGGACGACCGCGGAAAGUUCCGGAGAAUGUUUCUGAAGCGGUCAAGUCCAACAGCUCCUCAUCAGGCUCAUCGUCCUCAUCCUCAGAUUCCUCUUCUUCUGGAUCUUCCUCUACGUCCUCUUCCUCUGAGGACGACGAUGAUGACGGAGAUGAGGACAGCCACAGCAAGCAGGCGAACGCAGUUCUGAACACACGAGACCUCCACCCCGUCCCUCAGAAGAAAGCGCAGAUUGUUGUCGCCAAACAGGAGCCCCCCAAGAAACGAGGUCGUAAAACGGUCCCCGCAGAAGUGAAGGAAUACCGUCAAGGAAAAGUCGCUCAGAAGGCGUCCAGAGUUGAUCUUCCAGGAUCUAUCAAGAAGCCUGUUCACCUGGCCAGCUUCACCUUCAUGGGCUUCAACAGGGGAUCGUCCAGGGAGGAUGUGGUUGGUCAAAAUCGAGGCUCUCCAGGCCAGGGGGAGGCUUCUAGAAACCCGAUGAGCCCUGUGGCAUCCAGCAGAUCCGUCCCACAUUCCCUAAUCUCUCUGAAUAAAUCCAGCCCCAGUGAGGGGAAACUGUCCGUCUCCAGUCUGGACUUGUUCAAAUCAAGAGGAGUAGCAGCUUUGAACUUAAACACAUCCAGACAGCAUGUUCUAAGAUCUCCUCAGCACACGCUGAACUCCACCAGCAGGCAAAAGGCUCAUGUGUUGCAGAGAAUAUCCAAUGCUAAAGCUAUGGCCGCCCAGCAGUCAAAUAACACAUUAAACAAUCAAAGUAUUCAUCCUGUAAACCUCCACAACAAAGUCAUGAAGACCAAUCAAUCACCUGGAAAUGGUUCUGGCCCUGGUUCAGGUCUGAGAAAUGCAGCAAGUCCGGCACACAAGGUUUCUCUCAACCAAAACCAAGAAUAUAAGACCCCUCAGAGUCCAGCUACCCCGGGAGGACCCCGGAAGAACCAGUCAGCUGUUGAAAAGGUCAAAGAAGCUGAGGUUCAAACCACUCGAGGCAAACUGGAGAAAGGCGGAGUCCAAAGGUCUGAGACCUCCAAAGACAGCAAGAAAGCCAAGACAAGCGAGAUGAGCACAGGAGAGGACGAGAGCAGCUCAGACUCUGAUCAGGACUCUUCAGACGCUGGUCAAGAUGACUUAGCGGCAGUCCAGAACCAAGACUGGAAGCCCACCCGCAGUCUGAUAGAACAUGUUUUUGUCACGGACGUCACCGCUAAUCUGGUCACCGUCACAGUGAAGGAGUCUCCAACUAGUGUGGGCUUCUUCAGCAUCCGAAACUACUGACAGAACUUGACCAUCACGUCGGGAACGUUGAUUUUUGUAGUAAUUUAUUGACUUACGUUAUACAAACACAGUUGGAUAAAAAGGGUUGACACCAUGCCGGAACACUUCAAGACCAAGAAACUGAUUUUGGUCUCCUGAAGAGCUGAAACUUGAUCUCCUUGAAUAGAAAUUGUUGAAAGAACGAGAAGGUUUUUCCUUGGAUUUUUUUUGCAACUUCCUAGGUUUCAUAUGAAAUGGAUUCUGGAAAACAUCUCAGCAGCUUAAAAGUUGACACAGGAGACCGCAUGAUUGGGUUUUUCUAUUUAGUUGAUCAAUCAAUGGUUCAUGUAAAUCACCUUGCAACUAAGACGUUUAUAGUGUAUUUUUGUAUUAGCUACCUCUGUUUUCUACAAGUCCUGCUCCAAGGUGUAGGACCCUUGUCUUACUGCUGACACCCCAAAACACCAUUUGUCCUAACAGGCUGAACAAAGCAUGCUGAGACAGAUACAGAGUCUCUCUGUCUUGAUAAGACUCCUCCACUAUCAGACUCCCACAUACAAGUGUUCCUAUGUUCCCACAGCAGGACGAACACCUGACCAGGUUCUGUUGGCCAGGUCCCGUGGGAGCAACUGGGUGUGGACUGUGAGACAAUUAAAGCGCCAGAUGUCUCUGAGCCACUUUUGUUGUUUUGUCAGCUGCUGACGUCUCUUUGAGAUCUUCUCCCGCACCACUUCCAACUGACCACGUAACACAAAAGACGUCGCAACAAUGUGCGCCACUUUCCGCUCUCCUGAGAGCUUCCAGCAACAAAGCUCUUCCUCUGAACUCUGCAGACUAAUCCGGCGCCUUAGCACUGUGCCUUUCUCUCAGACCAACACAUAUACAGACAAGUCCAGGUUGUCCAGGAUUAUGGAAGCCCUUGGGAGGAGCUCGGAGACGCUUGUUGGAUUUAUGAAGGACUGUACUAACACUGCAAGACUUACUCAAACUGGAAGUAAAAGUUGUUUUUUGUUGGGCUUUCAAAACGUCAUUUAAUGUUUUGUGUAGGGGUGUCCCGAUCUAAUAUCGAUACCGGAUAGGAUAUAGAUAUUUCAAAUAGAUGUUGAGUUAAAUAGCUGCAAAAAAUGUAUGGGAUGAUAGAGGUUUGUGUGUAAAAUGUGUGAUAUCAUUUGCGAUACAAGCAGUUCUACAGAAUGUUUACUUGUGUGUGAUAUCAUGUGCGAUACAAGCAGGUCUACAGCAUGUUUACUUGUGCAAAGCUGGACGGCCAGUUAACAUCUAAAUGUUACACAAUUUAUUCUAUCUUACUAAAGUAAUUGACAAAAAGGUAAACAUGCUAGGCUAUAGGCUAGUAGGAGCUUGCAACUACACAACAGCUAAGCACACAAGCGAGACAUGCAUAAUAAUCAUUGAACAAUAUUGCAGUGUAAAACAGCGCAUUUGUCAACAUAAACAAGUUACAAAUAAUUAUAGUUGCAUGUUAAUUACACAUACAAAGUCUCCAAGGCAGUAGAGUAUUAGAAAGUAUCCAGUAACAAACGUGUCAGCAUCAUUCAACAUAUGGUGCAUUCCCCCGACCUCGGCGGUUGAAGGUCGGAACUGGGAAUGAUGUCACAGCAGAGUUGUGAGCGUUCCAGUUACAAGGUUGUGAAUCAAGAUGGCCACAUUCAUUAAAUAUAAACAACUUAUUGGCAAAUAUGCACUCUUAUUACAAAGUUCAAACAUGGUGGAUGAAGAGCAAACAAUGCUAGCUAUAGUAAAUACCACAUGAAAUAAAUGUAGUUUGCACUACAGUAACAUUACAACAUGUAAAGAUCCAACUAAGUAUGGGCGGUAUACCGGUAUUAUAGUUUAUUCCAGUAUAUUUUUAGAAAGAGAUAUAUAUUUGAGAAAAUACCACCAUACCGGUAUCUUUACAUGUGCCUUCUGUGGUCGAUGCAGUGCGCCGCCACUCCUCUUUAUUAACCAUAAUUAACACAAGCCGGUGUAAAGAUUCGACAGAACAGAACCGCCAUCAGAGCUGACAAACCUCCGCUGCUAACUGCUAAAGCUAACAAAAACAGUUCAGCCGAAACCCUGCUGAAGUCACGCGUCGCUUGGCAACAGACCCCACCUUUUAAAGGCACACACACACAUCAACUGUCAACUGCGUAUGACAUCUAUUUAAAGGUGUUUUUUACGCAACGCAUUAAUUACUUUUCCCAGUAAUUAAUUACAUUUAUCAAAGAGUAAUUCUAAUAGUAAAUAAAUUAAUUUGUUGGUUAAACAACAAGUAACUAAUUUUUUUAAAGUAAUUUUUAGAACACUGGUAAUGUGGUGUUGAGUUUAAACUCAACACUUUGCAAGUUUUGUUUAAAACACCGAAAUAUAUCGUAUAUCGGGAUACUGCCUAAAAAUACCGGGAUAUCAGUUGUGGUCCUUAUCGCCCCGUAUAUGACUGACUUAGUGCGACAAAAACUAAUCACAAUGGCUAAAAACUGAUGUUACAGAGGGGAUAUUAUUGUUCACAUCCAGAGCAGCCAUCUUUUAAGCUAGUACAAAUGGAAUGCAGCAUUACCGCAUCAUGGGCUCAUUUCAUUAAAUUAACGUGGCCACUAGGUUUCGCCAAAUUAAUGACCACUCCACUUCAACUUAAAGACAGCAUUCAUUCAUUUGUUUUCAUUUGUUUAUUUAUUUCAGGCAAUGACAUAAAAAAAAAAGUACAAAGUUGACAACACAUAAAACCGUAUUUUUCGGACUAUAAGUCGCAGUUUUUUUUCAUAGUUUGGCCGGGCUCCAGUGCGAUUUAUAUAUGUUUUUUUCCUUCUUUAUUAUGCAUUUUCGGCAGGUGCGACUUAUACUAUGCUGCGACUUAUACUCCGAAAAAUACGGUAAUGUAAAUUAAACUUAAAGACAGCAUAAGUCCAUUCCAGACAUUUUUCAUACCUACCAUUGUUCUGAGUAAUUCCACUUAAUCAAGCAUUUUUAACUUUCCACACGACAAAAUAAUAAACGUAUUUACUGGUGCUGACAUAUCAGAUCAAUAUCGGUGUUCUCAUAUAUCGGUAGUGAAGAAGAUGUAUCGGGACACUCCUAGUUCUGUGGACUAAUCAAUGUCAUCAAGUGUGGGACCAACAUUCUUAUUUUGCUGAAAAGAUGCUAGAAUAAACGUGUUAUUUUGGUUUUGUACAAUGAAACAUCUCUACAGAGUUAUUAUUAUAAAAUGACUAUUUACUUUGCUUUGUCAGACGCAGUAAAGGCUCCACUAUCAACUGAGGAACAUGUGCCGCAGUGCUCACAUGGUCUUUGGUACAAUAAUCACAAAAGGUGAAGAACAUGAGACGCAGAACAAGAAUGCGAUCGCUCCACACAGGUGCUGAUGAUAAGUGACACAAGCCAUCAUAAGAAAUGACUACAAAGACUUGAAAUAAUAAAUCCAACCCACAGCGAGUGAGUACGACCUUGAUCAUGUGUACACCUUUCAUAAAUAUCACUUAUAUUUGACAUAUAUUAUUUCACAUCCUUGUUAAACCUGUUGGCGUGGACAGAGCUAGAAACAGCAUUAACCAGCUGCAGCCAUUUAAUGAUAAUUCGGCGCACCGGUUUUUGGCUCCGCCCACACCCUGAGUUAGACCAAUAGUCAGCAAGAACAUACAAGCACAAAGAAUAUUGCCCU